AUGGAAAGAUUUUAUCCAAAUUUCUAUUCUUAUACGAAAUCUCACUACGAACCAUUGCUUUCGAGUCUAUUAACAAGAUCUGAACCAGAGCGUAGUGCUAAACUGCACAUUGACUGUAAGGAUAAUGAUGCCAGUGAGGAGAAACAAAAUAGCUCGUGUAGUGAAAGACAAAAUACGAACAUGAAUGAAGUCACUGAGCAACAGAAUUCUUCGGCAUCACCCAAUAUGCUUCGGCAACGAAUACAAAGUGUGGAUAGAACAAAAAUGUCACGUAAUCAACUAGCGAAAUGGACGACAACAGAUUCGCAAAGAUGGGCUCGCGAAAAUUCAGACCCUCCAGGCCGUGAAAAGUCUACUGAAGAAGAAGAUCUAACUGGUUCAGUCUUCACCGGAUCUGUACAGUCAUUUAUAUUGCCAUUUACUAGAAUUAAUGAAUACUUAACACCGGGAAUUAACGCUAAAUAUCACAACCACUCUAGAACUUUCGAAAGUGGAAUCAACUAUCUGAGCUUAGUUUCCCGUAAUGAUGUUCGAUGUAACAUCAUUCCAAACUGUCAGCAUUUUCCUGAUCUAAUGUCAACAUCUUUAACAAAGACAAAUUCACCAAUAAAGCAUAAGUCAAGAUCACUGCGUAACCAUUCACGUGAAAAAACACUACCAUGUUCAAAUCAAGACGAUAAAACACUCAUGACGUUAGAUUCUAAUAAUGUGUUCAUCAAUCUAAAUGAGUCCAAAUUACAGAUUGCGACAAAUCAGAAGAGCGUACCCCGUUCUAGAAGAUUACCGUCACCAUGUGUUCGUAUGAAAACACUAGAAACGGAUACAAAUUAUAAUGUAUCUCUCGAAACAGGUCAGAACACAAGCUCCUCAAACUAUGAUCUUCGACCGAAGCGAUUAAUAGAAACAGAACGCAUGGUUAGACAAGAAUUAGCGUCUGCAAAACAGAAAUCAGCAACUUUCAAUAGUAACAAUGGCAUAGACAGAGAAGAUCGGAAAUCAGCGAUGCAGAAUUCACCAAUACCUCUAAAAAAGUCGAGUUCUAGUGAGAGAAGACAAAUAAUUUCUCCAGAUACAAAUACACCUGUGAAUGUUUCAGAAGAAAGAAAUUCAUUUGAAAUGAGUGAUAGUGAGACCGACUUAUCUAGAGGAUUGGAAAGAACUCGAGUCCUAAGGAAUGGUGAUGAUUUAAUCAGAACUGAUGGAGAUUCGAAGAACUCUGAGAUACAAGAGCUUCAAGGCAUUAUAAAUCAUAUACGUGAGGAAGAUAGGGACAACAAGUCUUUAGCCAACUCUCCGAACAGUUUUAAACCAAGUCCAAGAAGAUCGAUGUCUUGUCGUACACUUCCUGAUGCUAUGUACCAAGACAAUCAAGAUGCUGUAAGCUUGAGUAGCGUUGCAAGUGACACAAGUGCCGGCAGUCAAACUAUCUCCGUAGACUCAAAGAAACAUGACAACUACUCCCAUUCUGUUGGGAAUAACACCUCAACGUUGGAAAAACAUGGAGUCUAUACUAAACAUUCCAGAUGGUUGGGCAAAUCCAUAGCUAAAGCGUUCAGAAGACGCACAAGGUCUACUACACAAUCAAUCAAUUCACUGGGUACAAUAAAUGACACUACGAUUACGAAUAUGGAGCCUAACCAAAUCAUCAGUCAGAAAUCGAACGAUGAAAAUCAGUUGGAUCGACUUUAUCUGACAAUCAGUCGAUUGCAGUGUAGGAUAGAUCUCCUUGAAAAAAGAAACAAAAAACUACAGGAAACCGUAUCGAAAUAUAAUCCUGAUGAUGAACUUCUAUGCAAUGAAUUUCGUUUGGAAAGAACCAACAGAAAAGUGUUUUUAUCAGUAUUGGAUGAUGAUGAUGAUAAUAAUAAACGCUUUUGGUUAGUCCUAAUGUGUUACAUCAGUUACUUGGAUCCUAGUGAACAUCUGCAACUUAAUUCACUGGAACUAAGGGCGUAUCAGCUAAAUUCAAUUUACAAAUAUCCAGAUAUAAAGAAAACAGAGAGCAUUGUGCGACGUUUCUCACGAAUACUACCACUACCAUCGCCACAACCGUUAUUUACAACAAAUCAGAAUCAUUCCCAACUGCCUGUUGCAGCUACGCUGGAAACUAGCUGUCAUAUAAACAGACAAAUUUAUUCACAGUUCCCUGUUAUGUGGUUGAAUGAAAUUACUAAAGGGUAUGAUUUGGAGCUAUUCACCUUAUCUAUAGAAAUAGAUUUACAAGGUCGUACUAUGAACUCAACAUUGAAAAGAAAGAAUAAAAAGGUACACCAAAAUGUUACUGAGAAAAUUGACAUGCUGAACUAUGGAUGUUAUACAAGUCUAGUACCAUAUAAUACACUGAAGUCCUACUUAUCUGUCAUCGAAGCAAAUAAUUUCAUUAUAAUCUGUGGACUGACUGGAACCGGGAAAUCGCAUCUGGUGAAUAAUCUGGCCAAAAUUUUAUCACAUGAUUCGUGUUAUUCAAAGGCAAUAUACAACUUCCGGUUUACAAAUAACAAAAGUCCAACUGUAAAAGAAAUGAAAAAGAUACUCAGAAAACAGUUAUCAUCCUUUUCGAAAUGUGGUUUCCCCAAAGUGAUAAACUUAUUUGAUAUGCAUCUCUUCCGAGGAUCUGUUAUGGAUAUUUUUAAUGUUUUUAAUACCUCAUCAAAAAGGUACUUCAACAAAGCUGAUUUCCAUGUAGCUUACUCUUGUGAAGAUAAAGAAAAUAAUUCUAAUAGCAUAUUGUCUACCGCCAAUCCAAUACACCUCACGGAAUCCAGUGAAAAUCUUAGUACUUGCAAAUUUUCAAGAAGCCUACCCAGUCUUUUUACUGGGAUUCCUAGUGAAAAACCAAUUGACACUGAAAGUGAUCCUGACCAAAUGCUGUCUUCUUUUUCAAAAUUCAGGCCAAAUACGUUAUUGGAUGAUACGACAUUGCAUCGAGAGUAUUUUUCUGAUGUCGAAAAUGAGUAUGCUGCAUUAUACAUAUCGCUGCCUGAGAAUCUUGCUCAGCACGAAAAUAAGGAAUUACUUAGUCAUAACAAUGAUCAACAGAAAGUGGUGACAAAGAUUUAUAUUCCUCUUUCUAACCUCAAUGUGAAUAUUGGGCCCCUAAGUCAACUAAAACUACCUUAUCCAACUGCUUCUAUCAGCGCUAAUGUGGGUUCACUACAUGAUAUGGCUGCCCAGUCUUGUACACCAAGUUUCGGCAUACAGAGAAAAGGAGACUAUAAUUCAAGUCUUCAUCAAAAUCAUUAUAUGAAUAGAAGAAAUUUAUUAACGAUACAGGAAUCAAGUGUUGCCUUCCCUUCAUGUGUACAAAGCAAUAAGGCAUCCGUUAGCAAACUACUUCACUUCAGUACACGUCUGACAUAUGAUGAUGAACUUAUUAGCAAUAGAUUCAUGUUUACGAAUCGGCUUAAUGAUUUGACUAGGUAA